CCACCACCACCACCACAACACUCCCAAUUCUCUCUCUCUCUCUCCAUAAUGCUUCAAGUUCAUUUCCUUGUUGUUUCAUUUCCAGCCCAAGGUCACAUCAACCCAGCUCUCCAGUUCGCCAAGCGACUCACACGCAUUGGCGCCCAUGUCACCUUCGUUACUAGCAUCUCCGCUCACCGUCGCAUGACCAACACCCCCACCCUCGACGGCCUUACCUAUGCUCCCUUCUCCGACGGCUAUGACGAUGGGUACAAACCCGGGGAUCAUCACUUUUAUCAUGAGCUCAAACGACUCGGUUCACAAGCUCUCACAGACCUGAUAGUUGGCGCCGAUCGCCGGCCGGUGACGUGUAUCGUGUAUAAUCUCCUCUUACCAUGGGUUCCUGAACUGGCACGUGACCUACGCGUGCCUUCGGCUCUCCUAUGGAUUCAACCCGCGGCAGUUCUUGACAUCUAUUACUACUACUUCAAUGGGUAUGGCGAUGUCAUCGAUAGUAAUAACAAUGACCCCUCGUUUUCAAUAGAAUUACCAGGACUGCCUUCACUUACAUGUAAAGACAUUCCCUCCUUUUUCCUCCCUUCAAACACUCACGUUUUUGUUAUGCCAGUGUUCCAAGAACUUAUCCAGAACUUAGACGAAGAAAACAAGGCAAGGGUUUUGGUGAAUUCGUUUGAAACCUUAGAGGUAGAAGCCCUAAGGGUAAUUGAUAAGUUUAGUAUGGUUGCGAUUGGACCUUUGAUCCCGUCCGCUUUCUUAGAUGGGAAGGACCCUUUAGACACUUCCUUUGGAGGAGAUUUGAUGAUCAGUAGUUCCAUACAUUACAUGGAUUGGUUGAAAUCAAAGAAGGAAGCAUCAGUGGUUUAUGUAUCCUUUGGAACCACGACCGUAUUAUCGGAGGAUCAGGUGAGAGAGAUCGGAAAUGGGUUAUUAACAAGCCGCCGACCCUUCUUGUGGGUCCUCCGGCCGCCGCCGGUGAACAACGACAAAGAAGGUGAUGAGAUGGUGGACAAUAUGGAAGUACUAAAGCAAUAUGGAAUGGUGGUACCUUGGUGUUCACAGGUGGAGGUUCUCUGUCAUCCUUCAAUUGGAUGCUUUGUGACACAUUGUGGUUGGAAUUCAACUAUGGAGGGCCUGGCUGCUGGAGUUCCGAUGGUGACGUUUCCACAGUGGUCAGACCAACCAAUGAAUGCCAAACUGAUAAGAGAUGUUUGGAGAACAGGAAUUAGGGUGGAGGUUAAUGAAGAAGGGGUUCUAGAAGGAGAUGAGCUUAAAAGGUGUGUGGAAAUGGUAAUGGAGGGAGAAAGAGGGGAAGAGAUGAGAAAGAACGCUAAGAGAUGGAAAGAUUUGGCAAGGGAGGCUGUGAUGGACGGUGGUUCAUCGGAGAAGAACCUCCAAGCAUUUGUGGGUAAGGUUGGAUCAUUGGAAAGCCUAAUUUGAAGGUACAGCAAUUACCGCAUAGAAUGUUAAGAUAAAAUAAUAUGGAUCCAUAGUCAUCAUUUGGCAAGGGAAAAAACUUGGAGAAAAUAUGAAUGUUUCAUUUUCUAGUAAUUUGUUCACAAUAAAAUAAAAAAUUUCAAUGAAAAUUAUUAUCAUAAAAAAAAAAUUAAAUAAAUAAAAAUAGUAACGCAAUGCACUAGGCUCCCAUUAGAGCAGGGUUUGGGAUGGGCAAUCGUAUGCAGCCUGACCCCUAACUUCAUAGAGAGACUGUUUCCAAGUUUCCAUUUUAUGACCAACAUUUUGCAAUAAUGCAACUUAACCUUGAAAUACUAUUGUCAUACUCUUUCAAAUUUUACAAGACACAUUCUAUA